AUGACGACUAGAACUCAAGACUUAAAUACUAGGCCUUCACUGAUGUCGAUUGCACCAAGUGGACGAAAUGCUGGAGCCGGUAUACAAAUGUCAAAUGCAAGUGCAAGGCCUUUCAGGCCGUGCGCAGACUGUACAUGCUCACCAGGGUUAUUAUCGAGACAAAACAGGAGGUCUUCUUUGUUCUUAAAGCAGCUGGAGAACAGCAGGAGGAGAAACGCUAGAAAGCGCGGCAGUAGUGCGGGGACAGGCUCUACCGGCAAUGAAUCGAUUUAUUCCUCGGAUUCACUGUGUCAGUCAAAUAGAGAAAUGAAUACAACAGGUAGAUUGUUGAGUUUGAGGAAAUUGAUGAAGAAAAGAGAUUUAUGCUGUUACAUCGUUCCCAGCGAAGACGAACAUCAGUCAGAGUAUGUUUCGUUCGCGGAUGAAAGGAGGGCGUUCAUUUCUGGCUUUACAGGUUCGGCAGGUGUCGCAUGUAUAACAAGAAAUGUGUUGAAUUUCAAUGAGAAUGACCCUGAUGGUAGCUCCGUGCUGAGUACUGAUGGACGUUAUUUCAAUCAAGCAUCGCAAGAGUUGGAUUUUAACUGGACCUUGUUAAGACAAGGCGAAGAUAAAUUGACUUGGCAACAAUGGUGUAUUCGUGAGGCAAAAGAAAUGUCUUUGGGUCUGGGAGGUAAAACUGUAAAAAUUGGUGUUGAUCCAAAAUUAAUUAGCUAUGAACAAGUGAAAGCCUUUGGGAAACUCAUUCAAACAGAGGUUUUAGAAUCCGAGAGUGCCUCCGUUGAGCUAGUGCCGGUGGAGGAAAAUUUAAUAGAUUGCAUAUGGAGUGAAUUUGAGCCCGUACCAGAAAGAAAGUUGAAUGAACUGGUACUUUUGAACUUUGAAUAUUGUGGUGAGGAAUACAAAGACAAGAAACAACGUCUAAUGGAAACUCUACACAAAGAUUACCACGAAUCACAAACUUUAGCAGUUGUUGCAUUGGAUGAGAUUUGUUGGUUCCUAAAUUUAAGGGGUUCGGACAUUCGAUACAACCCUGUUUUUUAUGCAUAUUUAUUAAUCCAAAAGGAUGCAACUAUUCUUUUCACAGAUAACGAAUUCAGUGAGGAAAUUGCACUCUAUUUCAAGGAUAACCAGAUCACUGUCAAGCCGUACAAGGAAGUGUGGAACCAACUACGUGACUGUUGUAUUGAAUUAUCAAAGAGUGAAAAGCCUAAAACCUUUUUAAUCCCAGACAAUUCCUCGUGGCAAUUGGUUCGCCAAAUUUCCGCCUCGCCAUGCAAAAUGAUUCAUUCACCAAUCGAUAUGUUCAAGUCUAUCAAAAAUACGAACGAAAUCAGAAAUGCACGUUCUGCUCAAGUCAAAGAAGCUGUAUGUUUGGCGCAAUACUUCGCGUGGUUGGAGGAUCAACUGGUCAAACACGAUGCGCUCAUUGACGAAUACAGUGCCGCAGAAAAAUUGGAUCAAAUCAGAAAGACCCAAAAACACUAUAUGGGUAAUUCCUUCGAGACUAUAUCCUCAACAGGUGCGAACGCAGCAGUGAUACACUAUUCACCACCAGCAGAAGGAUCCUCGAUGAUUGACCCAACUAAGAUCUACCUAUGUGAUUGCGGUUCGCAGUUUACGGAGGGCACAACCGACAUAACAAGAACAAUCCAUUUCACAGCCCCGUCCAAAGAGGAAGUCACCAACUACACCUUGGUUUUGAAAGGCAACCUAGCUGUAGAGAGACUUCAUUUUCCAGAGGGCACGACGGGAUUCCACAUUGAUGCGUUGGCGAGACAGUUCCUAUGGUCACAUGGUCUAGACUACAGACACGGGACAGGCCACGGCAUCGGCUCUUUCCUAAACGUCCAUGAGGGUCCUAUCGGUAUCGGACCCAGGCCCAACUUAUUGAAGUUUCCCCUUAAGUCAGGCAAUAUCAUCAGCAACGAACCGGGUUACUACAAAGAUGGCGAAUACGGCAUCAGGAUAGAAAACGAUAUUCUAGUCAAAGAGUCUUCUGGCGGCCUUUUCGAGGGCAAAAAAUUUCUUUCGUUUGAGAAUCUCACUCUAGUUCCCUACUGUAAGAAGCUCAUCAAUGUCAAAAUGCUGACCAAGGAAGAAAAGCUGCAAGUUAACGAGCACCACGCAAGGAUCUGGCAUUCUAUCAGACCCUUCUUGCAGCCCCAAAGCAUAUCGUACAAGUGGCUGAAGAGAGAAACCGCUGCGAUAUGA